UUGAAUCUAUGCCACCUAUUUCUAACAUGGAUAUAGUAAGCUACUUGGUUCUCACUCAUAGCUAUUACAGCAGAGAGCAGAUGAAAGCUUACAAAAGUCUUCAGGCCUACAAAUAUUUCGCUGCAGGCUUUGUGGAUAAAGUUGGCAUCAAACCAAUUAACGAUUAUGUGCUGUUAGUUGGCAAAGUUCAACACUCCAUGAAGGCCAGAGAACCAAAGCUAAGAGUUUGGGUUAUAGCAGAGAGACAUGGUGGGAUUUGCACUGCACAUUGUACGUGCAUGGCAGGGCUUGGAGAGGUUUGCAGUCACAUUGCAGCUGUAUUGUAUGCCACCGAAUAUGCUGCUAACCUUAAUCAGACAAUGACUUGCACAGACAAGAAAUCAACUUGGCCAGUACCAUCACAACGCGGUGUGGAUCCAACACCAGUAAAAUUAAUGGAUUGGGGCAAAACCAGUGAGCAAAAAAAUUAUAUUGAUGUUCCAACUUUGGAUGAACGAGGCAUUGAGUCCUUUUUAAGAAGGAUUCAAAAAGAGGGUUGUCAAACCCCUUUAAUGAGAAUUGUUUCUCCAUUUGCUGAGGAGAUAUCGACAACAUCAAAAUUAAUGUUACCAUUUUUCUUUGAUAUAUAUAAUAAAGAAAAUGAAAUAAAAUCCUUGGAAGAGCUAGUAAACCUCAGAGGCGAGAUCAGAAUCCUCAGCAUGAAUUUCAACCUUUUGGGUAUCUAAUUUCUUUCUUCUUUUUUGUACCCUUUCCACUCUUUUUAAAUCGCUUUUCCUUUUUAAACGAUGCCCUGCAGUAUAGCCCAUAUUUUGGGUUGGCACCCAAUCAGGAUUGUUAAGGUCCUGCAAAUCUGCUGGUUUUCCUAUAAAAAAAUGACAAUGAAAUUUGAAAAAAAAAUUCAGCCCUUACCACUAAUGAAAUGCCUACUGCACACUUUUUCAUACUUUAGAACUCUUUCAGUUAGAUUUACUCUUUUGAUUGCAUUUAUCCAUUCUGGCCUUCUCUGACUGGAUAAUUCAUUAAGGUGGGUUGCAUGUUUAAAAUUACUAAUUUUGGGAACAGCAAAAAACGAUACUUGGUCUCUAUCGGCUCUGCUUCCACAACUGACCACAAUGCAAGUUAAGGGCAUUGUAAAAAUUAAAUAAUAAUUGUA